CACGCAUCAAACAAAUUACACAUAAUGGCCGCCGAACAUCAUAGAUCAGAAAUGAGCGAGCUAGAAGAAGGCGGCGGCGGCGGCGUCUCCCCGGCGGCCACUCCUCCUCCUCCUCCUGGAUUCUGGACGUCCCCGGCUGUUGUUGAAACCCUACAAAAGGUGGCGGCGGAGUUGAUCGGGACGUAUUUUGUAAUCGUGGUCGGCUGCGGAUCGGUGGCCGUGAACAGCAUCUACGGGAAAGCGACGGCGCCAGGUGUCGCCCUCUGCUGGGGUCUCAUCGUCAUGCUAAUGGCUUACUCCGUCGGCCACAUCUCCGGCGCCCAUUUCAACCCCGCCGUCACUCUCUCCGCCGCCGCUUUUCGUUCCUUCCCCGUCCGCCUCGUUCCGUUGUACAUAGUGGUGCAAGUGGUGGGAGCGAUCUUAGGGUGCGGGACGUUGGAGGCGUUGGUGGAGAUCACCCCCAAAUCGUAUUUCGGUACGGCGCCGGCUGGAUCGGCGGCGCAAUCUCUGGCCGCCGAGAUCAUCGCCACCUUCAUCUUGCUCUUCGUCAUCUCUGCCGUUUCUUCUUCUGAUUCAACGGUGGGCGAUCUUGGGCCUCUACUCGUCGGAAUGACAAUCGUAAUGGACGUCCUUCUCGCUGGGCCGAUAUCCGGGGCCUCGAUGAACCCAGCAAGGAGUAUUGGGCCGGCCGUAGUUGGGCAAGGGACGAAAGCCCUAUGGGUGUACAUUUUCGGCCCAAUUGUGGGCGCACUGGCUGGAUCGUUUGCCUAUAAGCUCUUAACACCCACCCAGAGGUCUCUCUCCGACUUGAAAAACUUGCGCUUCCGUUCCUCAACAAACUAGCUAGAGAUGAUUGAAUUGGCGUCAAAAUUUUGUAGGAGCAGUUAUCCCUUUUUGAAAUUGUUUGGACCGUCAGUUGUCUCGUAGCAAAUUUUUUUUUUUUUUUU